GGAGUGUGCAUUGAAGUUGACAUUGUUGAGACGGGAACCAUGGAGCCUAGUGUCCUGCUCCUCCUCGCUUUCCUCAUGGGCUUCUUACUGCUCCUGGUCAGGGGCCACCCAAAGGCCCGUGGGCACCUCCCACCAGGACCCCGCCCUCUGCCCCUCUUGGGGAACCUCCUGCAGAUGGACAGAGGAGGCCUCCUCAAUUCCUUCAUGCGGCUUCGAGACAAGUAUGGAGAUGUGUUCACAGUGCACCUGGGACCCAGGCCCGUGGUCAUGUUGUAUGGGACAGAGGCCAUAAGGGAGGCUCUGGUGGAUCAAGCUGAGGCUUUCUCUGGCCGGGGGACAAUUGCAGUUGUUAAACCUGUCUUCAAGGACUACGGCAUGAUCUUUGCCAAUGGGGAACGCUGGAAGGCCCUUCGGCGAUUCUCUCUGGCCACCAUGAGAGACUUUGGGAUGGGAAAGCGGAGUGUGGAGGAGCGGAUUCAGGAGGAGGCCCGAUGUUUGGUAGAAGAGUUGCGGAAACACCAGGGAGCCCCCCUGGACCCCACCUUCCUCUUACAGUGCAUCACAGCCAACAUCAUCUGCUCCAUUGUCUUUGGAGAGCGCUUUGACUACAAAGACCGCCAGUUCCUGCGCCUGCUGGACCUGUUCUAUCAGAGCUUCUCACUCAUCAGCUCACUCUCCAGCCAGGUGUUUGAGCUCUUCUCUGAAUUCCUGAAAUACUUUCCUGGUCCCCACAAACAAAUCUCCAAAAACCUCCAGGAAAUCCUUGACUACAUCGGCCACAGCGUGGAGAAGCACAAGGCAACGUUGGACCCCAGCAAUCCAAGAGACUUCAUCGAUACCUACCUUCUACGCAUGGAGAAGGAGAAGUCCAACCCACACACGGAGUUCCAUCACCAGAACCUCAUGAUCUCCGUGCUGUCUCUCUUCUUUGCUGGCACCGAGACCAGCAGCACCACGCUCCGCUAUGGCUUCCUGCUCAUGCUCAAAUACCCCCAUGUUGCAGAGAAAGUCCAAAAGGAGAUCGACCAGGUGAUCGGCUCACACCGACUCCCAGCCCUUGAUGACCGCACCAAAAUGCCAUACACUGAGGCCGUCAUCCAUGAGAUUCAGAGAUUUUCAGAUCUUAUCCCGAUUGGUGUGCCACACAAAGUCACCAAAGACACAUUGUUCCGAGGGUACCUGCUCCCCAAGGACACCGAAGUGUACCCCAUCCUGAGCUCAGCUCUCCAUGACCCACAGUACUUUGCACAACCAGAUACCUUCAAUCCUGACCACUUCCUGGAUGCCAAUGGGGCCCUGAAGAAAAAUGAAGCUCUUAUGCCCUUCUCUAUAGGGAAGCGCAUUUGUCUUGGAGAAGGCAUCGCCCGCAACGAAUUGUUCCUUUUCUUCACCACCAUCCUCCAGAACUUCUCCGUGUCCAGUCCCGUGGAUCCUAAGGACAUUGACCUCAGUCCCAAGGAGAGUGGCUUUGGCAGAGUGCCCCCAACAUACCAGAUCUGCUUCUUGGCCCGAUGACUGGGCUGAGGUGGCCAGGUGUCUCCACUCAUGUUAUAAUGGCCCCAUGUCUGCCUGUGAGAGACCUGAGGGAGACCAGGUCCUAGAUCACUCCUCACCUCUUCCAACUUCCUGCAGUUUCUCCAAAGCUCUGAGAUGUGUUCUCUGCCCUGGGAAUGGCACUUGAUGGAGGAAUCCAUCAAGUGAUUGGGUGAACAGAGGGACUUUGGAGGCCACAUGUCAUACUGAGUCACUCCCCUAUUGCUCUCAGCAGCCACCAUCCCAUGUGUCAGCUCCAUGUGCACCAUGACAUAAUCUAAUGGGCUCUGUGUAUGGUCUGAAUUCAGCAUGUAUGGACAUGUCUAAUGUGUAUGGUUCACAUAAACACAAUCAUGUGGUGCCUGGCUUUGGUGUCUGGUGUCCUUCACUUCACACAGUAUCAUCUAGGUUCCUGUGCUUUGCAGCCCACAGUCACACACCUCCAAGUGCUUUUAUCAUGGUCUUUCUCAGAAAAACAACAAUUGAAUUGUUUCAUGUGCUCUGCCAGCAGAAGGUAUGGCCCAGAUUUAGUGUGGGUCUUCCUGCUUCUAAUAAUCUGAUAAGAAAUCCCUCACAGGAGUGUCCAGAAGCCUGGGUUUUAGUUUAACUAGAGACAGUGAAGUUAACACUCACGAGCAGCCAUCACAGUGCCAGUCCAUGGUCUCCUGGCUAGUCUGACCUGUGACCUCUUGAUAGUCUACUAACUAAGAUUCUUUCUGAAAGAGCUUCUUGCUGCAAACUCCAUCCAUCCAUGCCAUGUUUGGGAAGGGGCAGCCUGCAGCUUUGUUUCCUGCUCAGCUGUGAGAUCCUGGAGGAGCAGGUGGUUGAUACCAGGUGUUUCAUAUAGUGGAUGGGUAACCAGUAGGUACAUAAACAACUCAAUAAAGUGACGAGGCCAGUCACUCCUUCAUCUUGCCUUAGGUGCAGCUCGCCCUUGUAUGUAUCUGUCACUAUUCCCUUCUGAUGACUAGAGAAAAUCCUUGUCCCCAGAGUGUCCAUGUGGACCCCAGUUCUAUGAGUCAUCUACUCUCUCUGUCUCGCCACCUUCUGACAGAAGCGUCUGGGAGCCCCCUUUGAGUGGUGUCCUGUUAUGAGUAUGUUUUCCUGCUGCCCUGGUCCCAGAGCCGCGCCAGCCCCAAAUAACACACAGAGACAUUGUAUUAGAUAUAAAUGCUGUUGCCCUGUUACUAGUUUCUUAUCAGCUAGUUCUGUCUUAAAUAUUAACCCAUAUUUAUUAAUCUAAGUACUUCCACAUGGUCUUAUCUUACCAGAGAAAGAGAGUCCAGAGUUCUCUCUUGGUCCUACACCUUGAAUCUCCCCCUACUACUUCCCGAAUCCUCCUUGUCUCCUAGUCCCACUUAUCUUGCUUUCCUAUUGGCCAAUACUGCUUUAUUCAUUAACCAAUAAAAGAAGCAUAUUUACAGAA